AUGUUUCUAACUAGAAGCGAAUACGAUAGAGGAGUGAGCACAUUCUCACCUGAAGGUCGUCUUUUCCAGGUGGAAUAUUCCCUGGAAGCGAUCAAAUUAGGGUCGACAGCUAUUGGAAUUGCGACGAGUGAGGGCGUCGUUUUGGGCGUUGAGAAGAGAGUAACAUCACCACUACUUGAAAGUGACUCAAUUGAAAAGAUAGUGGAAAUAGACAAGCAUGUUGGGUGUGCUAUGAGUGGCCUGACGGCGGAUGCCAGGUCUAUGAUCGAGCAUGCUCGAGUGGCGUCUGUAACUCAUAACCUGUAUUACGACGAGGAGAUAGCUGUUGAGUCAUUGACUCAGUCGGUAUGCGAUCUGGCGUUGAGGUUUGGUGAGGGUGCUGCUGGUGAGGAGAGACUUAUGUCGAGACCUUUCGGAGUAGCGCUUUUGAUAGCCGGUUACGACAAGGACGAAGGAUAUCAACUAUAUCACGCCGAACCCUCGGGAACAUUCUACAGAUAUAAUGCCAAAGCCAUUGGCUCUGGAUCUGAAGGUGCGCAAUCAGAACUGCAAAACGAAUGGCAUUCGUCUCUCACAUUGAAAGAGGCGGAGCUUCUAGUUUUGAAGAUUUUAAAGCAAGUCAUGGAAGAGAAACUUGACGAAAACAAUGCUCAAUUGAGUAGCAUUACAAAAGAUGAUGGGUUCAAAAUAUACAGUGACGCAAAAACAGGUUCCAUUAUUACCGAUCUCAAGGAAAAAGAAGAACAAGAGAAACAAGGCGACCAGGAUGUUGAAAUAUCUGACUGA